CUAUAUUUAAACAGCUGUCCUAGAGCAGAGGCAGGAGUCGAGUUUUGUGCUUUGGUUGGCUUUGCUGGCUGUACAGUCAUUUUCCUAAAGCUCACACUUCUCAUCGGACCUGCUGCUAAAGGGUCACUGGCCUGGCAUGUAGGAGUGAUAGUGCACCUGUGCAUGGGGGGAACAAGCUUCUAAAACUUGUAGGUAGACUCCAGGACCUAAAUGCUUCCAGACGGGAAGAUGCAUGCAUUAUUGACUAGACCCCACAAUAAGAGUGGGUUCAAGCCACUGCCCGUUGUCAUCAUAGGGAAUGGACCUUCAGGAAUCUGUCUUUCAUAUUUGCUGUCAGGCUACAUCCCUUACUUCAAAAGAGACUCUCUUCAUCCUCAUCCCAUUCUUCAGAGGAAACUUGAAGAGGCACCAGAUGUCUCUAUUUUGGACCAGGAUUUGGAGUAUCUCUCUGAAGGCUUGGAGGGACGAUCCCACAGCCCUGUGGCUCUUUUGUUUGAUACCCUUCAGCGUCCAGACACAGACUUUGGUGGAACAGCAGAAUCUGUCCUCACUUGGUGGCAUGAGACUGACAGAGCCAUCCCCCACCUGGUCCUUGGCAGAAAUGCUCCUGGAGGUGCCUGGCAUUCUAUCGAGGGCUCUAUGGUUACCCUGAGCAGAGGUGAAUGGAUGGGACUCCCGGAUCUCCCAUUCAAAGACUGGCUAAAGCAAAAGAGAAGAGGCCUCAGAAACAAUCGAGCCACGGCAGAAGACAUUGCUCAAUAUUAUCAACACUAUGUGGUGAGGAAAGGACUGCAGAAGAAUUUCAGAUGUGGUACUGUUGUGACCUCUGUGAGGAAAGUAAGUGCAGAGAGCGUCUCCAACCACGUACAGAAAGAUCUGCAGGAGGAUUGUGACUCGCUCUGGAAUUUCAAUGAGAAAAGUACAGAGGUCUUUCAGGUGGAUGGAUUCUUCAAAACUGUGAAAGGUGAUAAAGAGCCCUUCUCUGUCUAUGCAGAGAAUGUGGUCUUAGCUACAGGAACAUACGAUAGUCCUACUUGGCUUGGUGUCAGGGGAGAGAACCUUUCCUAUGUUCAUCACCAGCUGUCUGCCCUAGAGGAAGCAGUGAAGAACAACAGCAUUGGCAUCAUGUCAGAUCCAGUCUUGAUUGUAGGUGCUGGUCUGACAGCUGCUGAUGCAAUUCUCUUUGCUCACCAUUGCAAUAUUCCAGUAAUCCAUGUUUUUCGGAGACGAGUGACUGAUCCAGGUCUUAUAUUUAAUCAGCUCCCCAAAAUGAUGUACCCCGAAUACCACAAAGUCCAUCAGAUGAUGAAAGAACAGUCAGCUGCUUGUGCUGGGCCCUAUGAGUGUUACGUUAGCCUUCCUGAACAUCAUGUGCUAUCCUUUGGCAAGGACAAGAAAUGUAUCUUUCAAGACAAGAAUGGCUAUCAGAAAGUCUAUAAAAUUUCCAUGGCUCUUGUUCUAACUGGCUCAAACCCCAACCUCUCCUUUCUGCCAAAUAAUGGCAUUGACUUGGUGAUGGACAGUGGCCAACCAGUCAGUCCAAAGAGGAAUCCCAUAGAUGUUGACCCAUUCACCUAUGAAUGCACUCAGGAGAAAGGGCUUUAUGCUCUAGGACCUCUAGCUGGAGAUAACUUUGUGCGCUUUGUGCAGGGGGGGGCUCUGGCUGUUGCCAGCUCUCUGUUAAAGAAAGCAAACAAAAAUCCCCCCUAACAAAACAAAAUUCUUGUGCUAACUGUGUCUGGGUAACUGCUGUUUUCUUAAAAAGGAAGCCAUCGAAUUGUACAGCCUCAAAUGCGAAGCCCACUCCUGGUAUCCUCCAAGGUUACGCAGAGACUUACUAAGUUCUUGGAGAGUUAUUUGGGAAGAUGAAGUCACCAAAUACAGAGUGGGUUUCCCACACAGCAGUACCUUCAGUCCCUGGGGAUUCAGCUCCUCUCCUGCACAGCUGUGUAUAAAGGCUGCAAGAGCUUUGGGUCUUGUGCCUGGAAAAGUAGGGGGCAAGGUAGUGAUUGCUCUGCUGUGCAACACCUUCCAGGUUGCUGGAAACUGAAUUGGGGAACAAUCAAUGUUAAUUAUUUCCAGGCAGCAGGCUGACAACCCUGUGUCUUACAGUGUUUUUUCAUGAAACAAAGCCAGCCAAGAUGGUUUUAUUUGCUUCCGUGGCUUGGCUGUAUGUUCUUAUUAGAUCAGAAAUCACUGAAAGAUGUUGCAGGUACCUCUGGCCCAUGAAGUGCUUACUCUGCAAAUAAAAGCUGACAUAAAAACAGUCAAAACUAUUGUCUCACUGACUCCAGCAACAAGUAAUAUGCAAUAUCCUUUUAAACAAGAGAUUCCUGUGAUGUGUUUUUUCUCCUUAUUGAGAAGGAAUGGUACUGAUUUCCAAAUACUUGGUUUGCCAUCUUGCAGCUUUCUGCUUUCUAAAUCCUAAAACUGCAAUAGCCAAAUUCUUGGCAGCUGCUGUAGAGACAGCAGAACUAAAGGGGAGCUACUGGUCUGUCUUGUAACUCUCCAGGCACUGUAUCGGGCUUCUGCUGCACAGGAUUUCAGGAAGAUGCAAUAUGUUGUACAUUGUGUGAAUGUCUAAUGUAAUGUGGUUAUUUUUUUUUAAGAAUACUAUUUCUGUAAAGGGGAAAUUGGCACAGUCACUUUUUGAUAGUUUUAUGUUAUAUAUAUAUAUAGCAGUUUUUUAAUACUAGUUUUCUAAAAGAUUUUUAUUGGCAAAAUAUUUUGUUACAGGCUUUCAGUCAGUGCUUUGUAUGAGCUGGGGUGGGUGGGAGCAAUGCCUUAUG